AUGCAGUACAUAGGGAAGCAUCCAUUCCCGAUAGCAAGCUGGCCGCUCGCAAGAAGCAAGUCUGGAAAGUACAGCACCGACAUUAAGGACAUUCGGCCAGGAGGCCAGCGAUUCGAUCCUGCGAAGCCACUGCGCGAUGGUCUCCGCAAACCAGACGGAAAUGGCCAACGCUCUUUCGACAAAUUGUUUUUACGGGGUCAGCAAGGCAACAAGGAUUUCGAUCAGAACAUCGACUCCCCCGACUCCCACUUACAAGACGCCGAGAUCGAACUUCUGCCAUCACACAGCGCAGAACUAGCAGAAACACUACCCGCAGGCACGACACUACUGGAACCAGGAAGUAGAAGCCUACGCAGGACCAAUCUCAUCCUACAGGCGAUCGACAGUCAGCACAAGAUUGUAGACUACUACGCCCUCGACCUGGACCAAAAUGAGCUCGAGCAAUUCUUGCGAGAACUAGAUCCCGGUCGCUUCAAGUACAUCCGCUGCCAUGGGCUGAUAGGCACCCACGAUGAUGCUCGCGCUUGGAUAACGAAAUACGAGAACAAGCAACGGCCCAUCAGUGUGCUAUCUCUGGGCUCGGCGAUUGGCAGCAUGGUCCGGAGUGAAGCGAGCAAAUUCUGGCUGGAAUGGAGUGGCGCAUUGCGUAAGAAUGGCGAUCAGCGAGAUUGCCAUAUUAUCAUUGCUAUUGACAGCUGUAAGGGUGGGGGUAAAGUUUCGAAAGCGUUUCGGGACGAGGAAGGACGCAGUGCUCGGUUCACUGCGAAUGUCCUCGACCGCGCGAACAGGCAGCUUGGUAAACAGAUCUUCCAGCAUGAGGACUGGACACAGCAGGGCGAAUGGGAGGCCGAGAGUGGACGACAUUCGCAAUACCUCGUUCCCCAGCGGGACAUCGACUUUGAAGGCACGACUCUCGUGAAAGGCGAAAGGAUUCUCGUAUCUCACAGCCACAGAUACGACGAUGCAGAAAAGCAACGCCUAUGGGAAGAUGUUCAGCUGAAAGAGGUGCGGCGGUAUAUGAAUGCUAAUGAGUCGUAUGGGUUGCAUGUACUCUCUUUGAGAUCGUCGUAG